CGCCCCGCCCCUCGUGACGCCAGACCGGGGCCGGCGGCGGCCGCUCGCCGCGGGGACGCCGCCGUUGCCAGGCGACGGGCCGGUUCGCUGGCGGCCCCGGCGGAGCGGCCAGGGGAGCAUGAGGCAGCCGCGGUGUCUGUGCCAGAUCUGCACCUGCGGGCGCCAUCGCUGCCCUCAUAAACCCACAAGGAUUUAUGAUAAUGGACAACAGCCGUGCCUCACAACAGAGUAUGUGGAAAAAUAUCCCAAGUAUAGCAACAUCUCUCCUCCCUGGAGCUGUAAGCCGAAGCAAGAGUACCAAGUGCCUUGUGGGAAAAUGGAAGGAAUUACAACAUUCAAAUCUGAUUAUUUACCAUACGAUAUUGUGAAGCGACCUUUUCGGGUACAAGAGGAACAUAAACCGAAGAAGGGAGAGAUAGAACUGGGAACCACAUACCAGAAAGAUUAUAAUGCUCAUAAAAUACAACCAGUGACAUUACUAAGACCUCUAGAGAGAAAACACACUACAGGAAGAAAAUUGGAUACCAUACCAACCUAUCAAGAUGACUAUAGAUCAUGGGAAGUUCAAAGAAGGCAACCUAAUAAGAUGGAGCAUAUAUACCAUCGACCUACACAGAAGUUUGGAAAUUCUACUACGUUUCAAGAUGACUUUAUUCCCAGGGAACUGAAUCCCAGAAAAGCUUUUAAACCUCCUUGUGUAGCCAAGCUUUCAGAUACGCCUUUUGAUAGCACUACCAGCCAUCGCACUUCUUAUAUUGCACAUCAACUGGAACCAAAAUUUGUAAGAUCAAAAGAAGAGUACAAGCCAAGCAACCAACCCUUUGAAGAUCUCACAACCCACAGGAAUGAUUUUAAAGGACUACCUGGGCAACUUGCAAAAACCUGCAAGCCUGAAAAUGCAAAAGUUGGAUCCAGUGCUCGUUUUAAUGGAGUCACUGAAUUCCAGGAUCGUUUUCAGAAAUGGUUGGUCUCCUUGCCUGAGGUCCACAAAACAGAAGCGUAUGUUCCACCCCCAGGCAAAAUGGAUUUUACCUCCACGAGCCAUCUUGAUUACAUUAAGCAUGAGAUUUCUCCUGCUGUCCCCAUAAGACCAGUUUCUAAUGGCAGAACCACCGAUGCCCCUUUUCAAGGGUGUACUACAACGAAAGAAGACUUUAAAGCUUGGGGCAGCUGUCGGCAAGAGAUUACUAAGAAACAACAGGAAAUUCCAAAACCCACAGGAAAAUUUUGUGAUUUAACUACAUUCAAAUCUCAUUACAUACCACAUCAGAUCGUUCCAGCUCAAAGUUUCAAACCUGUACAUGCUAUAGUGCCUAAUUCAGCUCCUUUUCAAGAUGAAACCACGUAUCACACAGAAUAUACUCCAAAGAAACAAGAGAUCUGCCCAGCAAAUUAUCCAUCUCCUCCAGGUUAUGUCUAUGUAAACACAGAUUAUCAUGGCCACAAGUUCUUCCGCCCGUUUACUCCAGAAUUUUCCGACUCAAAUAGUAAUCCUAUUUCAAAGGAAGUAGCUGUUGUGUCAUAAGACUUAAAUGCAAAAUUUCAAGCGCCUGGGUGAAAUAAUUAGAAUCAUACUUGUUCAUUUUUUCUUUAAACAAUGCUGAAAGAAAAUUAAAUGAUGCAAAUUCUGCUUUGAAAAGCAUUUAAACUACUAGGUUGAAGACAAUGAAAGCAAAACCAGAACUUUACUACAAGACUAAUAAAGAUUUGCCAAUUAUUACAGGAAUAAUGCAUCUUACAUGGCAUUUAUUCUUUUUUUGAUUGUGCAUUCUAGUUUCCUUGGCUUCCUAGAUUUCAUUAUGCUCCAUCUCAAGCAUAUAUAUUAUACAUUAAAUCCUCUCAGAUUUUCUGCAAAUCAAAUUACUGUCAUUGCAAAAUAGCAAGUGUCUUUUGAUAAUAACUUCUUUUUCAUAGUAAGCAAAUAAUACUAUAAUUACCUCAUUAUCUCAUCAGUCCAGUUUUUCAUCUCAUCAAUACUUGGAAAUCAGAGUAAUCUGAUAAGAAUUUUUUCUUUAUAUUUUGUUAUCAUAAGAUAGCAUCCCAUGACACCGAGGCAUUUCUAAAAGCCUGGUUUUAGCUUUAGUCAUCAUUACUUUUCCUUCAGUCAGUUCUGAGGAGGAUACAAAGGUCACACUGUAAUUUCUGAUAGCAAUUAACAAGAAGUAACCCUGUUCUUUUUCUGUACACAUACUUGAAAUCACUCAGACAUAAAAAGCAGGUCAUUGGACUGUUUCCUAACCUCCCCGAUAACGCUUUAUCAGCCUUGCUUCCAAAGGAAACAAAGCUGAUGCAAAGCUUUGGACACACUGACACACUAAGUGUGUGUCCUCCCCAGCCCGGUGAUUCUUCAACCCAGUGUGCAAAUUAAAUCAAAUUUCACAAAGAGAUUUAACAGAUGAUUGUUUUCCAAGUUUCUAAGGUACACGGUGAGGAAGCAGAGAGAGAAUCAGGCUCAAAAACUUAACAUCCAUCCACCACAGUUCCAAUCCUGCUGAUUUUUAAAGCUGAGCAGCCUGUAGUUACCGCCAAAGUUCACUGCAGAGGCAGUCUGAAGGGGAAAAUCGCAGAAAACUAUAAAGGUAUAUGUAGAGAUAAACAGAAAACAGUGUAAACUCAGCUAAAAAAAGAAGUACCAGCUGAGGUGCAGAAAUCUCUAGACAGCCUUGCUUCAGCCUGUUUACUCUUCAAAGAAUUAUUUGUUACAAAUACACGGAAAACAAAUAUUUUAUAGAAAUUUUACAUGCAAUGACUGUGCUUCUGUAUGAGGUAUUUAGCUUUUUCUCUAUGUAUCUUUACCUGAUUUUGGGAAAUCUAGAUGAACCGAUUUAAUUCCUAUUAUGUUCAUGAUUUAAGCAAGUCCCAAUAAAUAGUUCUGUUAUCAUGUUCUAUCACAGUACUUCAGUAUGAUUUAUUUUUCAGUAUUGCAUAUCAUGUACACAUUGGUAUAGGGCAGACACUUGGGUUGUGAAGACAUACGUGCUUGUACGUCAUAAGCCAAAUCACCAAUAAAAGGACUAUGAUCAAUGACGGAAACAUCAAAAGCAGGAACUGCAUCAUAUGCAAGGAAGAAAGCAGAACUGAGUGUAUUAGCUGUGCCGAAAAGCACUGCAAGCGAGCUCCAGACAUUAUCAGAGCAUCAGUUACUUUUAGGUAAUUUCUGUCUUUGUACUGUGUUUUUGUAAUAUGACUUACUCUAUUAUUGAAACAACAAUUCGAUUAAACUUUAUUCUCUGACAAUUAUUCAUGUCCCCAGCUGGUAAAGACAUGUUUUGGAUUGGGAAUGAACAAGGGCAAUGUAAAUCUGUAACAUUAUGAAAGCAGGACAGGAGAAAGACCAAUUCCUUGUCAUCCUUCUGUACCACAGAAGAAAACAAACUACCAAUGCCCUUUUCUUUACGAAACUUGAGUCAUUCUCUGUCUGGCCACAACUGAGGAAACAAAAGUAAAAAUUUUGCACGGUUACAGCUACCCAAGUCCAUAACCUAUACACAGUCUCGGUACCUCAUGAGAAGUUUACAGAAGCUCUUAAUAUCCUCCAGCUCUCUUUUCUAGGGAGCAAGAAAAUGCAAUCUGAAUUCAUGGAGUUACGUGUGCCUGCGUGUUCUGCUGAAAUGGCUCCUCCUCUGGGUCUGUGAGUAAGCCCAGAUGCUUUUUGUAAUUUUCACAGCUGUUUUUUCAGCUCUUAAGUCACUUCCCCCCUUGAGUUA